AUGGGUCUUUCGUAUCAGACACGCUCUAAUGGGUCCAUUAAACAGUUUAAAGCCUGUUUAGUGGCCAAUGGUUUUCAUCAACAAGAGGGUCUGGAUUAUGUCGAGACCUUCAGCCCUGUGGUCAAUCACUCAACCAUUCGUCUUAACUUAGCCAUCGAUGUUCAUUUUGGGUGGUCCAUUCGCCAGCUUGAUGUCCAAAAUGCUUUUCUCCAUGGUUCUCUCACUGAGGAUGUUUACAUGAAGCAACAUGUUAGGUUUCUUGAUUCACAAUAUCCUACACAUGUUUGUAAGCUCAACCGUUCGUUAUAUGGGCUCAAACAGGCUCCGCGCACCUGGUUUCAAUGUUUUUCUACUCAUCUUGAGCAUUGGGCUUUGUUGCUUCCAAGGCCGAUUCCUCCUUAUUCAUGUACUUUCAUGGGCAAUAGUGAGUCGCACAUUACUCAACUCAUUCUCGAUUUGGGCCGUCAAUUUUCUAUGAAAGAUCUUAGUCCCUUGCAUUACUUCUUGGGCAUGGAAGUGGUACGAACCUCCACAGGCUUGCAUUUAUCUCAGUCCAAAUAUAUACUAGAUCUCUUGACACACAUGAAGAUGUUAGACUGCAAACCCUUGCCCACUCCUGCUGUUGGUGGUCGCAGAUUAAGUUUGCAUGAUGGUGACCCAUUAUCUGAUGUCUCUGAGUACCGUAGUGUGGUUGGGGCUCUUCAAUAUCUUACUUACACACGUCCAGACAUUGCCUUUUCUGUUAAUCAAGUCUGCCAAUUUAUGCACACGCCCACGACAACUCAUUGGGCUGCCAUCAAACGGAUUAUUCGUUAUCUCAAGUCUACCUCUGAUCAUGGUCUUGUAUAUAAGCCUGGUGCGUUACGUCUUACUGCAUAUGCUGAUGCUGACUAUGUCGGUGAUCCAGAUGAUCGUCGCUCUACAGGAGGGUAUUGUAUCUAUCUUGGUAAUAAACUUGUUUCCUGGAGCUCCAAGAAACAACGGGGUGUUUCACGCUCCAGUACGGAGGCCGAAUACCGCCAAUUAGCUUAUACUGUUGCUACCUUGUCUUAG